GUCUCGCACAUAUCUAUAGAUGUAAAAGUGUAUUUUUGUGUGUUGUGUAUAGCUUCUCUGUGCAUAUGUGUCUUUCCGUAGCACGUCUCACCGCCGACGUCGACGUUGCUUCAUGGAAGUUUUGCUGUUUGGCGCUAUUUAUUAAGUUUGUUUUGGAAUAAAUUUAUCCAGUAUACAAGUCACGUGUGAUAAUCUAUCUUUCGACAUUUGGCGGCUGACGGAUUUAUGCUGUGUACACUACUAGAUAUCAUUAAUUCAUCUAUAGGAAGAUACGUAACACGCUACAAGUGUGCAUGUCAUCAAAUGAAUCGCACCAUGUGAUCGUUCGCAAAGUGUUACUUAGAUCUUGUAGCAAGUGUCAUGAAUAAUAGCUGCAGGCCGAAUAACGAACUGGUCGUCGAACGCCCGGAACCAAAAAUGUCGCAACUAUUUGGACACUGAUUCGUAUUACUCUACUUCUAAGGUACCAGCGCCUUGCAGCGCAUUGGGUUUUUCCUAAUGCCGGCCAGGAAAGGUCUACUCGCGCCUCAAAACACCUUUCUCGAUACAAUAGCAACACGUUUUGAUGGAACCCACAGCAACUUUGUGCUGGGAAACGCUCAGGUACCGACGACCUAUCCGAUCGUUUACUGCAGCGAUGGCUUCUGCGACCUGACAGGAUAUCCGCGGGCGCAAAUCAUGCAAAAGGGUUGCGCCUGCAAAUUUCUUUACGGGCCGGACACGUUGGAGGAAGAUAGGGCAAUGAUCGACAAGAGCCUCGAGAGCAAGACCGAGCUGAAACUAGAGGUCACGUUUUACAAGAAAUGCGGAGCUCCGUUCAAUUGUCUACUCGACAUAGUUCCCAUCAAAAAUGAAAAGGGCGACGUCGUUUUAUUUUUGGCCUCACACAAGGAUAUCACUCACACGAAAAAUCUACAAUUUAGUGAGUUGUACGAUAGUGGACAUCAAAAAUCAUCGAAUUUUUUUUGGAAAAAACUGCACGCUCACUUAGAAUUAAGUAAGGAUGCCAACGGUAAUUUAGAUCCAGAGGCGCCACCGGCGAAUUAUGGAAGAAGAAGAAGUCGAGCAGUUUUAUAUCAACUAUCGGGUCAUUAUAAGCAGGACAAUAAGCACAGAAUGAAAUUGAACAACACGCUGCUCUCGCAUUCACAAACGACCCCGCUGCCAGAGUACAAAACGACGUCGCUGAAAAAGUCGCAGUACAUCCUCAGUCAUUACGGCGUGUUCAGGACGUGCUGGGACUGGCUCAUACUCAUUGCCACGAUCUACGUGGCCUGCAUCGUGCCCUUCAACGCCAGUUUCAUCAAUCCGGAGCGGCCUACUAUGGUAGUCGACGUCAUUGUCGAGGUUCUAUUCAUAAUCGACAUUAUACUCAACUUCAAUACUACGUACGUGAACAAGAAAGGCGAGGUGGUGAGCAAUACAAAGGAUAUCGCUUGCAAUUAUAUCAAGUGCUGGUUUCUCUGCGAUAUUUUAGCAGCGUUGCCUUUUGAUCUGCUCUAUGCUACCGAUAUUUACAACGGCGAGGAAUCGGGCCACAGCUACAUUCAUCUAGUGAAGCUUACGAGGCUCACAAGACUGGCGCGAAUAAUGGAUAAAAUGGAUACGUACUCGCAGUACAGCUUCAUCAUUCUUCCGCUGCUGAUGGUGUCCUUUGCGAUCGUGGCUCACUGGAUGGCUUGCAUAUGGUACUUCAUAGCGGAACGCGAGAGAGACAACAACGACAAGGACUGGGACCUUGGAUGGCUUCACGUGCUCGCGGACCGAUUGAAAAAGCCCGACGUCAUGAACCUGACGUUCUUCGAGAGCUACAGUACCGCCCUGUACUUCACCUGCAGCAGUCUGACCUCCGUGGGCUUCGGUAACGUAUCGGCCAACACGACGACCGAGAAGAGCUUUUCCGUUUUCGUCAUGUUCGCGGGUGCUCUGAUGCACGCGGUGGUGUUCGGUAACGUCACAGCCAUCAUACAGCGUAUGUAUUCGCGUCGCUCGCUUUACCAGACGAAGCUGCGAGACCUCAAGGAAUUCCUCGAUCUGCAUCAGAUUCCCGACGAGCUCAAGCAAAGAAUGGAGGAUUAUUUUCAAACAAUGUGGUCGCUCAAUCAUGGCAUUGAUAUUCACGAAACGCUGAAGGAGCUGCCGGAGGAGCUGCGAGGCGACGUGUCAAUGCACCUGAAUCGGGAAAUUCUCAGUUUGCCGAUAUUCGAGGCCGCCUCCCAGGGAUGCCUAAAACUUCUCUCCCUGCACAUACGCAGCAUCUUCUGUGCUCCCGGCGAAUUUCUGAUACACAAGGGUGACGCGCUGUCUUACAUCUACUACCUGUGCAACGGAUCGAUGGAGGUCGUUCAAAACGAGAUGGUCGUUGCUAUUUUGGGCAAGGGUGACUUGGUGGGUUGCGACAUCAGCGUACAUCUGGCGCACAGCAACAACGGAGCGGUGGUGGGCGCUGGCGCCUCCUCCGAUGUCGUUGUCAAAUCGAGCUGCGACGUCAAGGCGCUGACGUACUGCGACCUCAAGUGCAUCCACAUGCCGGGCCUCGUCGACGUGCUGCGCCUCUAUCCCGAGUAUCAGCAGCAGUUCGCCAACGACAUACAGCACGAUCUCACCUACAACUUGCGCGAGGGAUACGAGGCCGAGCAAGAGUCGGAAAUCAACGGGGGCCCGUCGCUGACGCUGCCGUCCAUUAGCGAGGACGACGAGAACGCCCCGGAGGAGGGCGAGACGUCUCCGCUCUCGCCGCAUAAUAGAUCGCCUAUGCACGGCACGUCGAGUCCUCGACACGCCAAGCUUCGGGACGAAUAUCCGACGACCAAGAGAGUACCCAAGGGCGUGCUGAGAAGUAGAACGAAUCAACUAGUCCCACAAGAAAGUUCCGAGGAUCAAGUGCGCGACUCCUAUGAACGGCUACAUCAGGACGUCGCGAUGCUCAGUAAUGAGGUACGCAACGCACUGCAGGCCCUGCAGAUGCUGGCGAGCUCGCCGCAGAGCAAUCCGAAUCUGCCGACGCCGAGCGGUCGGAGCAGCGGUGCAGGCAGCAACGGGGUCCUGGCCCGAAGUUCCUCCCAUCCACCGGACGCGCUGUGCUGGAAUCCGCCGGCGCGGCUCGCGAGCCAACAGACGCAGACCGACUGGCCGGUCGAUCUGCUCGAGUCCUGGGUGCGCCAGGAUCCACAUCGCGUCCUCAGGAUCCUCGGCCUGGAUCCCGAGCUGGUGCUGCGACCGCUGCUGCAGCCAGCCUCGCUCGCCACGACGAUACUGUCGCCGACCCCGUCGCCGUCGUCGCCACCCCCGCCGCCUUACGAGCCUCUCUCGCCGCUGCUUGGCUCGCCCAUUCCGACGCCCUCGCAGUCUCCACACGGGAGCAGUAACCCUUUCGAGCCGCACGACUUCGAUAGACGAGGCGGUGGUACAAUCUCGAGCGACAUGCCGAGCAUUCAGCCAGUCUGCUGGGAAACUACGGCGAGGGAGGACGGCAAUAACGUGCACAGUCGAGCGCGAUAUAGACGCAGUGCCGGAGACGCUGACAAAUCGUCGCCUUUGUUUACCUUCAAAACUCUGCGACGCUUGCCCGAUUCUCGCUCUCUUACGUUCGACCCGUUCGACAGCUGAGUAGAGGCCAAAUACCCGAAAAAAGAACCGAGUGGUGACGACUCUACAUCCACGGACGGAGGUACCGAGAUCUAAAACUGGUUCUCCGGUCUUGGGUUCUUUAACACCGAUUGCAACUACGAAACGAAAAUAUCUUUGCAUCUGCUUUUUUUUACAAGAUUAUUCUGACGUCGCCGUCGCAGUCAUGCGUCACAAUUAAACGUUGAAUACCGGCACGUUAUCAACGUAUAAUUGUAACCAAGAUUAAGUAUUAUAUAUACCGUAUAAUAAGAAAAAAAACGCUUAAAAAGCUGUACACCGUCCUUUCUCCGACACAAAUGACUGAGGAUGGUCGUCAAUAACUUCUGUUCGACUAAUUAUUCUAUAUGCGCUUACUUACUUAUACGAAUAUUAAAACACGAACGUGAGAUACUCUCACCGUAAUCAACUUUGGUAUACGAAAUAUUUUAGGCUCAUAUUGUACUCUGACGCAACUGUAAAAAUCUAAAGACGCACAAAAGUUUUGAGGGACAAUUCGGAAUCCACGCAUCGCGUUCUAUUCUUUUUAAAAGACAAAAAAUUACACAUCCAUCAUCAUAGCAGUCUUCUAGCAGAGAUAAACGCGAAUAAUUCCUUUUUUUUUUAUUUUUUGUUUUUACAUGUUCUGUUUCGGACUCUAUGUGUCCAUACGAUUCUCGAACUCGAUAGAAAAUAUUAAUAGAUUAGUUAACGAAUUUUAAGAAUGAAUUGUUAAGUCAUAAUCAUCUUCUUAGAGACGAAAUAAUUACUUGAAAAUACUCUAAACUCCAUAUACGACUGAAAACUAGCAAUACGAUCGUGCGUUCAAUUAAUAAGUCAGAACACAUAUGAUAAAUUUUACAAGAUAAAUGCCAAAAUUGUAUCUUCCAUUGCAACACACAAACAAAUCAUUCCAUACUGCUAAAUGCGCAUUGUAAGGUACAAUAUAGGAUAUGUUUCAUGCUGUGAUGAGUUUCAAUAUAAUUAUGCGUUCGAUCGCAAGCAAGAAUAAUAUAACAGUAUACGGAGAACAAUCGAAAGUUUCGAAAAAAUUGUACAGAGUAUGUAAUAAGUAUGAACGAUCAAAACGAUGUGCAAUUUGAGUGCGAGAAUGAAAUCUUACAAAAACAAAAACUGCAUACUCUCAUUAGGUUCAUAUCAUCACAACAUAGCUAUUUUAAUUGUAAAAAAGUCCAAUUCUUUAGAUAAUACAAUUGAUGUAACACCGUGUUUUCUUCUUGGAAUGAUUGUUUAAAACCUGUUACCCACUUCAAUACAUAAAACGAAUCGAUGUAUUGAGUGACCGAAUCGAAAAAAUAUAUAUUACUAAUGCUAUGUGUAAAAUAUGAAAAAUCAACAAGUAAUAUUUAAGCAACAAAAACGUUUAAUAUGCAAAACGACUGUAACUGUAAGAUACUUUGGUCAAGUACUUAAUUUGUAUGGAUCAAUAAUAAAUAAAUAUGAAAUCGAUGUGUACAUAAAAAAAAAUUGUAUAAAGCUUCGGCCAAAGUUGUCUCUUAUAAGUACAUAUGAAAUGCGAAACCCCGCGAAAUGAGUCCUCAGGAAUUAUCAAGAUAUUUACGAACGAUUAAAAAUAACAUUAUAAGCAACGUAUGAGUUAAAAAAUUUCUUGCCGUCUUAUGUGUAAAUCCGACUCCGAACUAUUAUUGUAUAGAUGUAUCCAUAGUCCAUAGUUUGUUGAAUAUUCUUUAUACUUCUAGUCAAUAGCGUUAAAUUUCAUUUCUACAUCCAAUCGCAAGCAAUUAUUACAUAUAUACGUAUGAAUGUCAAAUGGUAUGAAUAUUAUCGAGAGGUGGAAACAUUGAAACGAUAGGCAAGUUGUUUCUUCACAAUUAACGACUAGCAAAUUAUUUUAUAAAUAUAAUUAAUAUAUUUUGUUAUACUGUCUGUAUAUGCUCUAUGAUCGCGUUUCAUUUGAAUUACGUUAUAUCAUGUAAGUCAAAAAAGUAUAAAACGCAUAUCUCAUCCGUGUAUUAUGCAUAGCAUGUUUUGCACCUUUCACAGGUCUUCAACGUGAAUUGAAUGUAAAUACAUUUUCAGCCCUUUUAAAAAAAAUGUAAUAAACCUACCAUACGAAAAUGGUACAAGUACAUUUGCAAAAAUAAGCUUUUAUCUUUCCAUAUUGGUUUAAUCGAGGUUUAAGAGAUAUAGCAAUAAACGGUACUCAGUGGCAAACGUCUGAUACGAAUGAAUGGAUCGCAGCUUUAACGGCACGAAAUAUAUGUAUAUAUUUUCAAAAGUCUGAUUUAUUAGCCAAUUGUAAAUGAGCCGUGUAAAUAAACGAUCUAAAGAAUCGUAAAAUGAAAAAUGAAGUAAGAAAUGUUUAGGAUACAAAUCAAAAAGUAUAUUUUCAACUGGUCAAAAAAUACAAACAAUAAUCGUUAAACAUCUCAACAAUUUUACAAGAAAUGCGAUUGUGAAAAGGGAAUAGCCAUCUGAGAUAAAAAAAAAGACUCUUUGUAUUGCUUUAUCAAAAAAAUUAUGAUUUUUCGGCACACAAACAUAUCAAGCACAAUGGUGUACAAAAAUAUCAAGCAAGUUUUUUCAAUUAUGUUUUCAUGAAAAGCGAGUCUAGAGAUUAAAUUGAAAAGUCAAAUAAAUUUAAUUCGCUAAUAUUUUGAAGAGUAUAUCUCAACUGUUUGAGCCUUUCAAAUCUCUCAUUGAUUCACUCGUUUAUUACUAUUAUACUUAGCUAGCAUUUUCAGAACAGUCUUAAUUAAGAAAUAUCAAAUUAAAUUGUACAAAGCGGCAAAAUAAAGUUCUAUGUCUCAAACUACAAUAAUUUUAUUAUGCGUGAAAUGAAAAAACUAGUUUCAAUAGCAUAAGAUAGGCCUUAAACACACAAUGUGAUAAUCUCGGGAAAAAUGAAAAAUAAAAGUAUUUAAAAAUCGUUAAAACUUGAAAAAAACAUAAUGUAAGGUCAAAUGCACCUUCUAAAGGUGCGAAUAUUAAUAAAAAAAUGUUAUAAUGUGUUCAAAUGAACGUUUGAGUAAUUUAUCUUUUUUCUCUAAACAAACAAUUUUUUCAAAAUUGCCUUAUUAUAAUGUCGUUGGAAAAUGAUAUUUUAUGAUAAAUUUGUAAACACGACACUAAAUAAAAGUUACAGUGAAAAAAAACUAAAACGAAGAUAAAAGCUGUACUGUCAUGUUUUUCUCGGCAACUACGGUUGACCUUUUGAGUCAAAAAAAGCGGCUAGUAAAAAAUAAAAUCAUGUAUAAAUAUUCUAAAAUAUUCGCUUAAUUUCGGGAUGUGGAAUAAGAUGUUACAUGCAUCCAAACAAAAGUAUAUUUGGAUACAAGUCAAGUAGGAAUUUCGUCGACACCCAUACAUGCACACAGAAACACAUGCAUAAUAUAACGUCAAUAAAAGUAAAAACAGUUAUCGAA